UCAAGAUUGUAAGCAAGUAACAGACUAUACUUAAGUGCACACGAGCCAGAUUAAGUCCUUCAGAACAGCUUUUGUAAUUGUUUAUGAGCAUCACCAUGCGUCAAAAAGAUCUGCGCCCAGCCCCCGCUCUAAUUGAGUACAAGGGCAUGAAGUUCCUAAUCACCGAUCGACCAUCAGACAUAACCAUUAAUCACUACAUUAUGGAGCUAAAGAAGAACAAUGUCAACACUGUGGUGCGCGUGUGCGAACCCAGCUAUAAUACCGACGAGCUCGAGACACAAGGCAUUACUGUCAAGGACCUGGCUUUUGAGGACGGCACCUUCCCGCCUCAGCAAGUCGUUGACGAGUGGUUUGAGGUCUUAAAGGAUAAAUAUCAACAAAAUCCGGAGGCUUGCGUUGCCGUUCAUUGUGUGGCUGGUCUGGGACGAGCUCCUGUCCUUGUUGCCUUGGCACUGAUUGAAUUGGGCUUAAAAUAUGAGGCAGCAGUGGAAAUGAUUAGAGAUAAACGACGUGGAGCCAUUAAUGCCAAGCAGCUGUCCUUUUUGGAAAAAUACAAGCCAAAGGCGAGACUAAAGCACAAAAAUGGUCAUAAGAAUUCAUGUUCUGUGCAAUAGAUUUCCAACACCAUAUGUAUAUUCCCACCAGACAAAAAGUGUUCAUUUUUUCAAAAACAAAAAAAAAAUGCAAGCGGAUAGAAAAGCGCGUACACAAAUAUGAAUUGAUAGGCAGCAAUCCGAAAAAUUGAACUAACCAUGUACCACAGAGAGCCCAAAAAUAUGGACGGAGAAAUUGAGUUACAGCCCCAGUUAUUACUAAACCUCAAAUCUCAAAUUGAAAUGUAUUGGCAACAGUUGUGUAAUUUGUAUGUAUUAAUUAAUGUAAUUUAUUGUUAUUUUACAAUUGGAUUCAGCCACACCACAGCGAGCUAAAAAAAAUUUGAUUUUGUACCUACAGCAUAUAUAAACAGACUUAUACGCAUAUAUUUCAUUACGAACGGCCCGAAUACCCCAUUAAAUGGUUGUAGAGGGCUUGUCGAAGUAGUUGAAAAAUAAACAACAUGUUUAAAUAUAAAAUCUAACAACAGCAAUCAAAGCACAUAAAUAAACAAAGUUUUCGGGAUCUAAGUAAAAGAACGGUGCACGGAAAGGAUAAAACUUAACAUCUAUAUUCUAAAACGGAAAAAUGUACUUAAUCGCAUAUUAGUUUGAAUUUCAGCCCUCAAAAAUCUGCAUUAUUUAUAUUUUGUUGAUUAUCUUCUUUUCAAUGCGGCCACUUUUAGCUAUCGAUGGGUGAAGGCAUAUAUCUGAAAACUUAUUUGAUUUUAAACUUUCAAUAGUAAAAAUACAUUUAUUUAUAUUAGAGCCUUCUUUUUUAUAUGCUAAACACCUUGCUUAUUUGACACUACAAUACCAAUCAGCCUCUCACGUAUAUGCAUGAGUUCCAUGUGUGUAUGUGUGAUACACAGAUAUAUAUAACUAUACAUAUAAUUAAAUAUAUAUAUGUAUUAUAGAACUACAAAGUUUUACAUUAAUGACUACAUACAUUCAAACUCAAGAAUUGCAAGCAGUAAACAAGCAGUUUAAAGAACUAUUUCAAACAAGCAGCAAGAAAAAAUAAAACAAAAAUUGAGAAAAUGAACAUGCAAAAAAAAAUUAAACCUUAUUGUAAACAACAAAUUAACAAAUUAUAUUGUGUGAAAUGGAGACGAAAAACAC